GUUUAAAGCCCGUCUCGCGUCGUAUCGCUGUUCGGUCCCGUCGCUGCGGUGGCCGCGCAGCCUCUCCCCCGCCCCGUCUCGAUGCUCGCAGGUUUUUCCUCACGUCUCCUUUUGUUGUUUGCGUUCCGAAGUGAAACGUGUCGCCGCUUCUGGCUUCACCGCACGGCCUGUCGUCCUUCCCGCUCUGUUCUCUGGGCUCCUUCUGAUGCCUUUGGCUGAGAACGCGGCUGUAUUCAAAAUACGGGCGUGCUGUGGACUCCUGGUGCUUCCUAACUUUUCCUUGCUUGUCUGAUGUUUUUCUCCUCGUUAUUCCCAAUGUGUGCAUUUCCGAUCGCCACAGCAAGCAUGGAGCAGAGAUGUAGAGAAGUCAUUGUGAAUGGUCUUAGGGAGCAGCUGGUCCUUCCACCUUCCUGUGCAUACAGCACCCACAAGUCUGUGUUUGGAGUCAGGUCUUCCAGUUUCUAGCUGGAGGGCCUAAAGAGGCCAGUAGGAGACUUGUCCAGUACAGCACAGCCUUGUUAUAAAGAAGACAGCAAAAGCUGUGAGUGGGGUGUGCUGGAAGUGAGCUCCAGGUCUGCAGGUCGGUGGUGAGCUUUGAAUGAACUUGGCUGAAUGAACUUGGGUACCCAAACUCUUAAGUCACAGAUACGUGCAUAUGUAAUGAAUUGCAUGUUUUCCCCAAGGUGCUGAAUUGGGAUUUAAGUUGGACAUGAGAGUGUAGUGGAGCAUAGCAGCUCCUGAUGCAACCUCCCUGGUCUGGGCAGGGGAUGUAAUGAGGGGAGAAGCAGGGUGGAUUGGUGCAGUGGUUCUGGCUGUGUAGUCCCUGUGCAGCACUGUGGUCUCUCAUCCCUGAAGUCUGUUAUGUCACUUUUCUGAGAAUCGGGUAGGGUAUAAGUGUGUCUGUUCAGGCUUACUCAAGCUCUAGCAACUGUAACUGGCACUCAAUAUUGGUUUCCCUUGAAGGUUCUCUGCAGCUCACAACUUUUACAGUAAUAAAUAAGUUGUUUUUGCUCCUGUUGCUUCUGUGUUCUUAGAAGCUUUUCCCUUCCCCUGCAGGGCCAACUGCCCUUCCUAUCUAACGCAAUUGUCAGCCAGCUGCUGCCCCUGAGUUGACCAAUCUCACCUGCCUUUGCCAAAGCUCCGAGCUGAUGUAUUAGUGAUCUACCUUGGUGCCAGAAUCUCUUUCCAAACUGUCAGUAGUCAUUUGGAAGUUUGCUUUUGUUUACGGAUACUUAUUUUUUCAUCCUUUGUAUAUAUUGACAUUCAAUUCCUAUGUCUGAAGAGCCUGAAUAACUAGUUGUGUGCUGUUCAACGUUUUCUCACCCACUGUUUGCCCAUUUUGCUACAUUAUUAUGGAUAUGUUGAGAGAGAGCACGCCCAGCACAUAACCCUAAUUUAUUUCCCCUCUUGGUUUUGGAACAAAUACAUUUUGCCUGGUGUUCUGCUGAGGCCAAAGGAGUGGAGAAAAGGAGUAGAAGAGAGCAGUGUCAGAUGCAUGCUGAGGUGGGAGCUGUAGGGAAGACCUGCUUGCUGAUCAGUUACACCACGAAUGCCUUUCCUGGAGAGUACAUCCCCACUGUGUUUGAUAACUAUUCUGCCAAUGUCAUGGUAGAUGGAAAGCCAGUGAAUCUAGGCCUCUGGGAUACAGCAGGACAAGAGGAUUAUGACCGACUGCGGCCUCUUUCCUAUCCACAGACGGAUGUUUUCUUGAUCUGCUUCUCCCUCGUGAGUCCAGCCUCCUUUGAGAAUGUCAGAGCCAAGUGGUACCCUGAGGUCCGACACCACUGCCCAAAUACACCUAUCAUCUUGGUGGGCACCAAGCUGGACUUAAGGGAUGAUAAGGACACCAUCGAAAGGUUACGUGAUAAGAAACUGGCUCCCAUCACCUACCCCCAAGGUUUGGCCAUGGCUCGGGAGAUUGGCUCGGUAAAGUACCUUGAGUGCUCUGCCCUCACACAGCGGGGCUUGAAGACGGUGUUUGAUGAAGCCAUCCGGGCUGUGCUCUGCCCGCCGCCCGUGAAGAAGCCUGGCAAAAAGUGCACCAUGUUCUGAGGGCUGUGGCCUAGGUGCUGGCUCAGCAUGUUGUUGUCCUCCGACAGAUUGCAUAUUAGCUGGGUGUUUCUGGAGGGGGCUGGGAUGUGUAGGGCCCUUCAUCAUGUACGAAGUCAGUGUUUUUUAAAUGUCUCUUUGAUUUAACGUCAGUGUUGAUGUGAAGGGGCAGUGGGGGCAGGAGACUAGCUGGGGGCUGCACAGCCCUCAGGAAAGUACAAUGGGGAAGGCAAGAUAGCUCCUUGGGGCAACAGGCUGUUUUGGCUCUCCUGAACUCCAAGCUGAAAGGGCUGAGACAUCCAUCCUGUGCUGGAAACACCUGUGUUUCAUCUGCAGGUGUAACACGUGCUGAAGAUCCUUGUGGGAGUGGGAAGGAAGCUGAUAUAAGUGGUGGUGAAUGACAAGAGCAGCUGGAAGAGUAGAAGGGUCUCCUUGCCCAGCCUACUGUGGCUAACAGUUAACAAAUUGGUGCUCUAUCAGAUACGUGCCUGAGACUGUUGAAGGAAUCAUAACCAGCCCCAGAAGGGGUCAAAGUAAACGAAAUGUGAAGCUGAAGAACUAAUCAUUAGGUGCUUAAUUGGAUACUAGCCAAACUCAGUGAGUGAAACAGCCUUGUGCAAUCAAUGUAUUUGCCUUUUUGUGUGCACACCCUAGGACAGCAUGGUGCUGCUCCCCCCCAUCAGUCUUUAGCAGGGCCUCCCCCCACAAUCCAGUCUCUGCAGAGCAGGGCUGAGGUUGUUGCCUCUGUUUUGUUUUUUUCUACUAAAGAGAGCAAAGGAAGCAAUGAGGUGUCUGCUAACUUCUUCUUUCCCUUCCCAAGGAAAAUGCAGGCGGGCUUUAUGGGUUUGGAUGGAACAGGGAAAGCUUCUGAAGGGUUGUGUUUGUAGGGGGGAAUAGGGUUGGAAGAAAGACAGAUCCAAUUUCUAAUCAUCAUGUAGAGUGAUAAGAUAAAACCUUAUUUGGUGCAAUAAACAUUCUCCAUGACA